AUGGCUGAGACACUGAGCAGCACUGUAGACCAGCAGGGGCACGACCCUGCCUCUCGCAAUGAGAAGUACCCGUCCUCUUGUAAGGAGGAGACGCCUCUGUGCGUGGAGGCCUUGGGCGAUGUGUUUCAUUUACACGCACGCAAUCUACUGACUGGUGAGUGCCUCUGCGACUGUAGUUGUUACCUGCCUCAGUUAAGGCUUCGCCACGAUUCCAUCUUCGGGAGCAUCUUGAUGCUGUCCCAUAGGGAGAACAAAGGGCUAUCAAGAUCAUGCAUCUGAACAAGAUGGAAUAUCAAAUGGGUGAGCUCUAACUCAGAGUGGGGCCUUCUCCUCUUCAACAGAGGAUCACUCUCCAGGUCAGAGUGAUCCUGAAACGGAACCCCUAAGGGCUGACCCUGGCCUUCGAAUCACGCAUACUCAUGAUUGUUAAGGGUGGGUUAAAGGUGUUUUUGUGACCGUUCGUCCUGCCUUCCUGAAGAGGGAAAGGCAUAACGAAUGGGGUACUAAACGAACACCAAAAGCCUACCUCUAAGAGGGGGAUGCUAGUAUAUUUUCAAAGAGACUCAUGGAAGAUGCUGAAACGACAGAUGCGGCAAACUCUCCAAGAAAAGAGGGGGCCACAAUUUCAGACGAAAAGACAUCAUCGGGCAGUCGUUUUGUUCAACACGCACAGGAUGGUCUCUUUUGCUUUCCUAAAAAAAACACUUCCUUAAAGGACUUGAAGCUGGCGAUCAUGGCUGAGUUGCGGCGACGCAAGGUGUCUAAUGUCGCAGGAGAAUUUUUCAUCAGAUUCGUUGACUCUGAGGGAGACGACCUCGAGCCUGAACUGCUCUUGGGGUCUAAGACUUUAUUGGAAAAGAGCAAGACUAAACCGAAUAAAGAGAAGAAAAAAGGGAACAGCAACACGUUGAAGAAGGGAGCUCAAGCAGGGAAGAAGGAGAACAAGAAAGAUGGUGACAACAAUGAAGAUCCUGCUGUAGGAGGCAAGAAUAGUAGUCGCCGUAGUCGCCGAAUAAUGGACGCUGAAAAGCUGACCUUCGCGGAAAGGAUCGACCUCUUCCUAGACCGCCGUCUCACCGCUAGAACUUAAGGAACCAUGGGCAUCAGGAUACUUGGACACAGUAUAUGCAUUCUGGUACCUCAUGAAGCGCUACCUUAUACAUUGUUGCUGACUCUUGCUGCCAUUUCUCGAUAAUAGAUCGGAAGGUUGAUGCUGUAGUAAGUAUGACUAAAGAAGAGUGGACUUAUGAUGUUGCAACUACCUCUAAGAAGAACUGCCGUGGGCUAUCCAGACUGGAAGUGGUGUAUCAUGGAACCAGCAACUUUCGGCACCAGCCUGGAAGGCAUUCGAUCACCUUGUGUCAGAACGAAAACGAGAACAGAAGAGCGCCCUCCUUUCACCGAAUAAUCAUCGAACAUCAACAGAAGAGCAGUCAUCUUCAUCAAGUUUGACUAUCGUGGAGGUGUUAUAUUAUGUGAAGCCUGCCGCUGCAUUCCAGAGCGCAGAAGAGCUGCGCUACGUUAUAGCGCGACUAUACGGCCACCUUCGUGAAAAAGGACAUGUCGAAGGCCGCCAAGCGGUGAUGGAUCGUACAAUUUCGAGGGUGGGAAAUGACCUCUAUCUCGGCAUUACAUCCGAGGAAAGGUUUUUGGUGCCUCCAGGAGGAGACUUAUUAAGGCUGAGGACUACUUCUAGUGGUUUAUUAUGUAUAAUCUAUGAUAUGUUCAUAUUUUCACUGGGGCAUUGUGCAGGAUCCAUAACCUCACCUAACCACUCACUUGUUUGUGUUUUUGUUUCUGUCCCCCUCUGACUCUGAUGUAUAGAACUGUAGGCAAGAAUUGAGUACAUCUUUCAUGAAGAGGCGAUCUUCAAGGCAAGUAGACAAAAAGAUCUUUGUCAACAGGAGGUUGAGGUUCUUCAAUUAGUAUGGGCCGUCCUUCUGAAAGCUUCAGACGUUGUUUACAAAUGGAGGAUAGCGUGGCUCACUACUCAACAGGAUGACACAUAUCAAAUAUCCACAACGGAUGGAAGAACAGCGAAGAGGCAACUUGAACUUUGAUACAGAGUUUUUUUCAGCUUUCUUUCUUUCACAGUGAGGGCUCUACAGCAACUAUAAUAUACAGAGAAGCAAAGGGGGCUUCCCAUUCUAUCUUUGAACAUUCCAUGACUUGAGGUGUGGCUUGUCUUUCCCUACUAGACUAUGAAGAAGCUAAAAAAACACUCUAAAUAUUAGUACAUCUGUAAGCCGAAUGGCACGUGGCGGAGGUCCAUUAUUCGCAACGUCGAGUGGCGAACUAACUCCGUACGGCUCUCUAUGCAACGCCGUAUCCGAUACUUUUGACAAGCGGAAAAGGUGCAUCCUCGAUUUAAUCACGAUGACCUAUGGAAAUAUUAAGGCUACAGCCGCUAAGUCGUCCUCAUCUCUCCUGUAAGUAUGAUUUUUCUUGAAGGAGAAUCUUCACUCACAGGGAUGAAUCAAUUAGGGUUAGCAGCGCUAAAAGUAGCAAAUACUGGAUUAUCGCUGAAACUGUUGUGCUCCGCAAGAUCUUCUCGGGAAAAGUGCUCUCAAUGAUGAUCGGGCAGUUGUCGGACGAGUUACUCGAGAAGAAAGCUUUGCGACCUGAUGAGCAGGGCAAACAAAAAGGGGAGAAGAACUUCAACCCUGCAGGACGCGUGGCGGCACUUGCCAGACAAUUUGAUAGAGGUGGAAAAGCUACUCCAUUCAAAGGUAAGGGACCUGAACAAGUACCGCAUCACAAAAAUAAAGGCACUUCUUCUGCGGUGGAUCAUACAGGAGAACAAGACGAAUUCAUACUCAACGUAAGUGACUGGGACAUGUCACGUGUCCAAUCGACGAACGGUAUGUUUCUGUACCAUGACGCAUGUCGGGCUUAUUCUUUGCGUAAUCAAGAUGAGCAUGAGGACGAUGCUUUGGGCGCUCUACCUCCUAGCGUUGUGAGUAUGCUAACCCGAGGCCUUGCACGCUGGGACGUCUCCAGCGUAACGGAUAUGUCUUAUCUUUAUGGCAUUGUUAUUGUUGAAUAGAUAUAGGUUUAGGAAGAACGGUUUCAUCUCUUGGUAAUAGUUAAGAAUAAUUUUCUGAAAUGCGCUGAUGAUGAAAAAUAGCACCACCACGGGGCUCUUUUUCUUGUUCUCAUGUUAACGUUUUCAUUUAAAAUCGACUUCUUGAAGAAGUAGGUGAGAGUAUUAAAUUUUGUAGGAACAAGUCGUGCGACCUUUUGUGAAAAUAGAAGAAAACUUUAUCUGUUCGGAAAUACAACUCUGCACAUUAAGGUCGUUAGGGUUUUUUUAGCUGUAGAAGUCGUCUCUUGUUGGCGUCUCUGGUAGGUCUUCAAAUACUUAUAAUACUACUAGUUGUUGUUCCUUCUCGUGUCUCCUCUAACGUUUUUUCGCUGGUCUUGAGGGAUUUAAUGAGCCGAUUGGAUCGUGGGACGUAUCGCGGGUACAGAAUUUUACGGGUACGUUUUUCGCGGCAAGGAGCUUUGAUCAGCCUUUAGGCGACUGGGAUACUCAAAGGUAAGGCGAAGGCUGUCAUCUCGAAAAUAGGUUUUAUUUAAAGGAUGGUUGUAAGAAGGGCAAGGGACUAGCUACUAAAUCUUUCUUCGAGAUGCUGAGGCUGACCUCUUCCUCAUGUCCUCUAGUUCAAAUGAAGCAAUUUCUUAUUCAAGCAUGAGGUAAAGGCCUUCUUUUGUAAUACUGUUCAGUAUGAAUAUAUGAAUUAGCUGCACUUACAACUCAAUGAGGUGAAUGCGUCUUAGACUUUCUUAGAAUUCCACUUCUACAGUCGUACUCAAUCCGAAGAAAAGCUUGUUUCUGAGCUCUAAGCACAUGCGUGUACAAUGCGUGACAUGUUUGCGCAGGCGGCAGCGUACAACCAACCGAUCGGAAGCUGGAAUACAGAACGUGUAAAGGAUCUGAGCGGCAUUUUCCAUGGUGCCACGGCUUUUAAUUAAGAACAAUAGGUGGCUAGUCAUCGUCUCACUCAUUAUUUUGUGGGGACUCGUGUGGACUAAGUAUGCUGAUUGGAUUCUCUGUCUAAUUUGAAGGGGGGGACCCAACGAACGAGGACGAUUCCCCUCCUAAUUAAUAUCAUCAAGAAACGACAUCAACUUUGAGGCGGGUGAGAAUGAGACGAGUCCACUCUACCACAGAUGAUGACUGACAGACUACCUUUAAUAUCGCCAAGAAAUUGAAAAUUGGAGUACCUCGAAGGUCACAGAUCUCGCCCGCGCCUUUGCAAUGGCAGAAAAGUUCAAUCAUUAUGGCUAGUCAGUUCUUCCCGAGAAGUGCAGAAGUACUAACUAGGCAACUAUUGUUCUGACUAGCAGUUCUAGGCUGUAACUAUUCAGUUCUAGGUAACUAAUUGGUAUUAGGCUAACUAUUCAGUUCUGACUAUUCAGUUCUGACUAUUGUUCUGACUAGUUAUUAACUAGAAGUCAGUACUAACUAGAUUGUUCUAGGCAACGAUUGUUCUUGCUGAGAAGUGCAGAGGUACUAUGAUAAUCCUUGAAGCACCUGCUAUUUUUAUAAUAUGCAAGUGCAACGGCUAGUCCUCGUUCACUAGGUUAGAGAGCCGGGUGGAAGUAUACCUCUACAUAGCCAAGAAUUUGAUUGAUUUUAUUUUCUAAAUUCCACCGCUCGAGAAGUGGGACGUGUCGAAAGUGACAAGCCUCGGCGGUGUUUUUUCUGGUGCUGGUGCGUUCAACCAACCGCUUUUAUGAAUGAAUUCAUUCACAGUUAUAUGUCAUCUUUUUUUGUAUUUGUGCAAAAAAGAGUAAGUGGAGCAAUGAAGCUAGUAAUGUUCAACCUCUAGUAUGUAGUAUAAUUAUAAAAAGUCCAAGUAGUCGCUGAGGCUAGGACUCAAGUACCCAGUGGAAACAACACUGCUAGAGAAGCGACCCUUCUGGAGCCUACAGUGCUGUACUCCUCGGAACUGAGUCGUUUUCAGGAGACCGCCUUACAUCAGUCCGCAUCGGAUAGACUCGCCUGUGAUGUAAAGCAAUCCCAAUAGAUGUAGAAAACUGGGAAUCGCCUUAAGCGCGGCCUCGUUACAUUUGUUUUUAGCGUUGCUAGGAGGCUUAGCGUUAUGAGUUAGUUAAGAGCUGUAGCACCCGUACCCGCUAAGAGUGAAUGCGUGGGACGUGUGGCGGGUUCAAGAUUUCUCUUUCGCGUUUCAGAAUGCAAAGAGCUUCGACCAGAAACUGGACGCGUGGGACGUGACCGGAAUUGUCUAUGCGCUUGAGUCCGGCUUAUUUUUUGCCAACCCUAUGGAGGGAAUCUUUUCGGGGGCGACAAGCAUGCUACAGCCGGUGGCGUCCUGGCGGAAACUACUGCAGGACAGUGAAUCCCGACGCGACGACUUGAAAGGGGAGAAGGAGAACGAUCACCUUCUCCUUGAUGGAGAGGAGGAAGAGAAAAAGGUCAAAGAGAAGAAGAAGGAGAAUGAUCAUCUUCUUGAAGAGGAUCCGAAGAACAAGCUGGGAAGCCCUGUUGAAGAAGAACGUCAGGAAGAGAAGGGCCCAGCACAUGAUCCACAUCAAGACGAGUUUCUGCAUUUACAACCAGCAGAACUCGUGGAAAAGGUUCUCGACAAUUCUCUUUCGACUUCCCAACAAGUCUCAUCAGCUAGACAAGAAGAAUUGGGUACCAUACUCGGGGAAUACUUAAAUGCAUUGAAAAGUAAAGCGGCAAAAAGAAGGAAAGAAUUAAGGCUACCGCUGAAGCAUGUCCUCUAUUUAGGGGCAUCAUCCUUGGUGGAGGUACUUAUUUUUCUACUUGAAAAAGGCGCCAAGGAUGCUCCCAAGGAUGCUAAUGCGGUAGCUCUAAAAGAAGCGGCUGAAGACGAGGAUAUCAGCGAUUUUUUGAAGUCCAUGAGCGUGGAGACCCGUUUGGAGUUCAAUGACCGUGUGAAGGUCGCCAGUGGGCAUCUAAAAUGCGUCAAUUUUUAUGGCAACGAAUGUAGAUUCACUAGGUCUUGGAAUAAUCUCAAUGAUUGAUGCUACUCAAGAAAAACCACAAGAGGGAGCAAGAAAUAAAAGGUUUAGUUCAUAAGAACUCACAAGACGAGAAGAACAAGACGCAUUAUGGUCCUUGAGUAAGUUGAUGUGGCAAGUCAAAUCGUAGACAAAUGACAUAGCAAAACUUCAUCCUUAUCUAACCUUCGGUCUAUCAGGGUGCGAGAAUUGAAUACCGUCCGCGGCCAAUCUGGGACUCCUUGGUGUCGUCGCACCUACGAGGAAACCAUCCAAAUCCCCGAUCUCUUUUUGGUUUGACGGAUGAUGAGGAGUAUGGAAAGUUGGAAGCUGAUAGUCGGAUCGACGGUGGGGGCGGUCGGUUUCCGAUUGAGAUGUCAGGUGAAGAAGUAUCGUUAUCAAUUUUUUUCGGAGGAGAAGAUGCAGUAAAAAGAUGGAGGAUGCAGGAGGACGACAGACAGCCAAGCGACAAACAGCCGAACGACAAACAGCCGAACGACAGGCAGCCAAGCGACAAACAGCCGAACGACAGGCAGCCAAGCGACAAACAGCCAAACGACAAACAGCCAAGCGACAAACAGCCAAGCGACAAACAGCCAAGCGACAAACAGCCAAACGACAGGCAGGGAAGCGACAAACAGCCAAGCGACAAACAGCCAAGCGACAAACAGCCAAACGACAAACAGCCAAACGACAGGCAGGGAAGCGACAGAGAUGAAAGAAAGAGUCACGAUUUGUCGUUGUCUGGAAAAAACUCCCAAGAUCAGUCUGCUUUGAUUGACUUUCUUGAAGAUUCCUCAUUUAAUACCAGGUCUGCUAGUUCUAAGACAAAGACUACCACUGCUUCUACUGUUCAUGGCGAAGUAGACCAGUCCGAGGACCACCUACUUAGAAAAUAUCUUCGCCUUAUCCGGGAACGCGAGUCCUCGCGUGUUGUUGACAGCGCUGGGAGUUGCUAAUAUGCGCAAGAUGGACGAAAUAGACCAGCAAUUCUGCGCGAGAGCGGUGGCUUUUUUGGAAUUUUUGGCACCUUCAUAGCUCAACCGAGCGGGUAGAUAUCGUCAGGGAAAUCUUAGGCAAGCUGCCAAAUAACGGAAUCGGAUCAUCAGGCCAACAUAAGGAAGUGCGCGCUGAGCCUGAGUCGCUGAGUCUUCCCGUAGGUCAGGGGAGCACUGAUUUGCUGUUGCAAAUAUUAGAGAAAGAGCACGCAUGUGGCAUACAACUGAAAUUCAACGUGGUCUUGCAAAUGCAUUUUUAUGUUCAUCAUUGUCAUCGAAGAAUGCAC